UCGAGUGUGUAUGUUUCUCUUCUUCGGCGUUGAAGCUGCCUCCUCCACUUCUUCUUCUUUAAUCAUGCUUCUCUCUUUAUAUGUCUCCACCAUUCUCAUUGCAAAUUCAUUAGUUUUCUUCUUGAUUCUCCCUCAUCGAUUGGCCAACAAAUUCAACAUUUGAAUCAUUUUUGUUGUAUAAGAUGACUUUUCUCACUCCCUUUGUGCCAUUUCUUUUUCUUUCUUCAAUUCGCCUUCGGGCAUUUGAACUGGGCAGGGCAGGGCCUGAAUUUCAACGAACCAGUAUCAGCAAUUGUGAAGGCGGAUGGCUACUUCUCCGACUCACGCUAAACAGAAAAUGAAGAGGUUGGAAUCAAGAAAAUCACAUUCCUGGUGGUGGGACAGUCACGUUAGUCCCAAGAAUUCAAAGUGGCUUGCAGAAAAUCUUGAAGAAAUGGACAAGAGAGUGAAGAGAAUGCUGAAACUGAUUGAAGAGGAUGCAGAUUCAUUUGCCAAGAAGGCAGAGAUGUAUUAUCAGAAGAGGCCUGAAUUGAUUUCUCUUGUCGAGGAUUUCUAUCGAAUGUACCGUUCUCUAGCUGAACGUUAUGAUCAUGUCACGAUUGAAUUGAGGAAGAACAUCCCCUCUGAUCUUCAAUCCCAAGGCUCAGGUAUAUCUGACCUUGGUUCUGUUUCUGGGCUGUCUUCUACCAUGCCUUCUCCAGGAAGGCCGAGCCAUCGUAAAUCCAGUAAUCGGGCUGCCGGAUUUGAUGUUUUUCUUGGAUCUGGUGGAAAUGGUUCUGAUGCUGGACACGGUGAAGGAUCUGAAUCUUCAAUGACAUCAGAUUCUGAGGAGGACUCUGAUGAUUCUUCCAUUCACAAUGACUCAGGUUUCCCAGGAAGUAUUGAUGAUUAUCAUAGGCAAAGCAGGAAAAUAAUGGAAUUGGAAAUUGAGGUACGCGACUUGAAAGAAAAAAUCUGGCAGCAAGAAGAGGAGAAUGCAGAAAAACGGGAAAGAAAUGAGAAUUGUGAAGAGAUUCUUGCCAAGGUUAACGAAUAUGAACAAGAGCUGGAGAAAGUGAACAAAAAAUUAAGGCUUUCAGAAGAAGAAAUCUCCGUUCUAAAGAUUGAGCUUGACAGAUUGAGGUCCCUGGAGCCAGCAGAUUUGCAGGCUACUAUAGAAUUUUCAUCAACUCAGGAACAUUUAGAACCUCAUAAUAAGAUUAAGUCACCUGAGGAAGAGCUAAGAAUCACCAAAGAAACACUUGAAGCUUCAGAAAAGCAUAUUGCUUCAUUAGAAUUUGAAACCAUAAAAUCAGCUCAGAAAAUUCAGGAACUGCAGGAUCAGCUUGACUCAGCUUCGAAGGACAUCGCUGCUUGGAAGACCAAAUUCAACACUGAGAAAAAAGAGACCAAUGAACUACAAAAAAGACUUGAAAACACAAAACUCGGUCUCUUAGACCAAGAUCAUGAGAUCAGAGAUUUAAAAGCAGCCAUAGCCGAUGCAGAGACAAGGAACGUCAACUCUGAAAAAGCAGAGACGGAGGCACUCAAGGGUGAAAUCAAGGAAAGAGAGAAGAACAGGAAAAAUCUAAAUGCAACUAUGAACGCAUUAAAAUCGGAGAGAGAUGAUCUCAAUGCAGAAGUUGGUAGGCUGAAGAUAGAGAUAAACAGAAGAGAUGAUCGGAUUGAACAACUGGGUUGGCAUUUGAACCAGUUACACAUGGAACAUGUGAAGCUGUUAUCAGGAAGGGAAGACGCACAGAAGCAAGUGAAAGAGCUUAAACAAAGAGGAAAGGAACUAGAGGAAGAGAUUGAACGGCACAAAAAUGAGAUAUUACAGGGAGCAGAAGAGAAACGAGAAGCCAUAAGGCAGCUUUGCCUUUCACUAGAGCAUUACAGAAAUGAUUAUAACAGACUUCGUCAAGAUUAUGCUGAGCGCAGAAGAGUUUCAGUGUUGGCCUCCUAAUACACACAUAUGUAUGUAUUUAUUUCUUUGUUAUGCUUUCAAUAUGAUGUAGAUCAGUAAAGGUCAUUAAAUUGGACUUUUCGGUUGUCUAGUAAACAUGAUCACGUUUA